GUGAGUCACUCUCACAUCACAACACGAAGAGGAGCCAAGGAGCAAGAAGCAAUAACAAACAAACCAACCUAGCAGCAAGCUAACGCACCUCUGGGAAACAGAGUACAUCGACACAGACUCUCAUUUUUAUUCUUACUGCGGCGGAAAAACCUGCCAGUGUUUUAUUUUACAAGUGGACCGUGUAGGAAAGGAUGUUCACUGCCAACAAAGAGGACAAGUAUUAAUCCAUAACUGAGUGUAGUGCAACUGUAAGCGAGCGAGGAUGGUUCAGUCUGGUGUGUGGUGCGCAGGAACUCGGUGGAGUGUCCUUGUUGUGGUCUUCUGCAGCAUACUCGUUCCCUCACCUACACAUGCCUACAUCUACGCUCAUUAUAGCAAUAUGACAUCCAUGUUGUUUGAGGACCUGCCUGCCUUGUUUGGACCCCGACUCCCUAAGGAUGGACUAAUGGGGGUUUUGGUGGUGUCCAAUCCAUUGAAUGGCUGUGCGAUAAUAGACCCUCCUCCCCCACUGCCCCCAACUCAUGAUGCCAACACCACGAAAUUCAUCGUCCUCAUCAGACGCUUCGAUUGCAAUUUCGAUAUAAAGGUUUUGCAUGCUCAGCAAGCUGGAUUCAGUGCUGCAAUCAUUCACAAUAUGUAUUCGGACACUCUGCUCAAUAUGAACUUCAGCAAUGACACAAUCGCAGAUGAGAUUGAUAUCCCCUCGGUGUUUACCAGCUACUAUGCUUCCCAGAUUCUCAGGAAUUUCAUAAUUCCAGAGCAAGGAGCAUAUGUGAUCCUAAAGCCAGAGUUUGCUUUCCCACUCUCAUACUACCUUAUUCCCUUCACUGGAGUCAUCGGCAUGAUCAUCCUCGUGAUGUGUGUUGUCUUGAUCAUACGAUGUGUGCAAUACAGGAAGCGGCUGAGGAAAAAUCGCUUGUCUAAAGAACAACUGAGGCGCAUCCCAACCCACAAGUUCCGUAAAGGAGAUGACUACGACGUGUGUGCUAUCUGUCUGGACGAGUAUGAAGAGGGAGACAAGCUGCGAGUUUUACCUUGUUCUCAUGCCUACCACUGCAAGUGUGUGGACCCGUGGCUCACACAGACCAAGAAGACCUGUCCUGUGUGCAAACAACGCGUCACUCGGAACAAAACCGAGCAAUCUGAGUCUGAGUCUGAGGAAGAGAGCGGAGGACGCGGCGAGGAAGAAGGGACGGAGGGCGAAGGAGACUCCGAGCGCACCCCUCUGCUUCGGCCCUCCAACCCCGGGUCUCCCUCAGGAAGCCCAGGGGCCUAUUCAGCCACCACCACCACCACCACAACCACCACUGCCCAGUGCCUCACCUCGCCCGUGCGCUGCGACUCUCCACUCCUGGAUUACGAAGGCUACCACUCUCCGCUGGAGGACACAGACUCAGACAGCGAUAGCGCCGGGGAAGACAGGCACCACACUGACGACGACACUGCACAGCUGAUUGGUAGGGAUAGAGUGGAGGUCUGAUUUCUGGAACCUAACUGCGAUGAGAUUAUGUAGAAUAAUCCCGAAAAAGGGUGUGUGUGUCUUGCUUCUCACAACACUUUUGUGGUUGGCCUGACAUUUAAUGUAAAGGAAUCUUUUACCAAGUAACCGAAGAAAGGUCGUCUUGAUAGUGUCAAAGCACAUGCAGCACUUCAAUCCAUAAAUUUUACUAAAAAUGAAAAAUGUGGCAUCAACUGAAGUUUUUACCAAAAUGUUCCCCUGUAUGUCCUUGGAGCCCCUUUUAAAUGCAUGUUCUCAUUCAUAACUUGACCACAUUAUGUGUCCUAACCACUAGUGCUGCACACAAAGAAUGGGCCACUCACGUCUUUCUGUAAUCUAAAGUGCUGUAAGAAUAAGCAGAUACUGUUGUUGCUAAAAAUGAAUGAACACUGCGCUUUAAGUGCAGCUUUAGGCUGUCUAUGUAAGGUUACAGCUUGAAGACUGCCUGUUGUUUUAAUCACAACUCUUUUUACCUGACAGUCUUCUUUUUUCACAGCUUUCCCAAACAAAAGUGUGGAAGUGGUGGGAAGUGUUUGUCUUUAAUAUUUUUUAAUCCCUUAAACUCUCAUUUUAAAGCUACUUUUCAGCUCUUUGAAAAAAUUCAUAGUCAUCUUUAACUCCACUAAGUUUUUACUACACUAUAACAGAACACUGCAAAGAUGUUGUACUUCUCUGCUGCUUUUACAUUUUUUUAUGGAUAAUUUUAUGUGGUCAGUUUAAGGAAAAUGCGUCUUAGCUUUAUCCAGUUUGUUAGAAGUUGAGCAAACUCAGGUUCAUAGUAGAAAAGUGAAGGUCAGUGGGUUUGUAAAUGAAUAACAGAGAGAGAGAGAGAGAGAGAGAGAGAGAGAGAGAGAGUUGAUGGAUUUGAUCUUAGAGAUUGUUUUUAUUAGCUUUGGUUUCUUUUUUGAAUCGGUUAAAUAUAGAUUCAUGAAUACGAACCUGGGACCCUCUAGGGUGUUUUUGUUUUUAGCAAAGAAGAGCAUUAUUGCCUUACAUUGGCCUUGCUGUACAUUCAUAUGUUAAAUUAAAUGUUUGGAAACUGAAGGGACAGGAUUCACACUCCUCUGUUUUCCUCUUGUCUAGCCGUAUUUAAUACCGCUCUCAGCUUGUUUCCUCGUCUGACACUUUGCUCCACAUUUGUUCUUUAGAAAGACAAAAAAAAAAUAGAGCGCACGUGUUUCCAUGUGUUUAGGGCUCCGAAUGCGACAGCGUAGACUGCUUAAUUUGCACCUAGAAAUCUGGAUAAGCUCAUUGGCUGUCAAACCACUUAGGGCUUGUUUCUGUACUUUAUAAAGCGACCUGAGCAGGGUCCAAACUGCUGAUUUAUACAAAGAGCAAGACAAAUAGAAAUCUUCAGAAGUUGUUUCAGCCAAACUGUUUCACCUCUUCUGUUAUGUUUCACAGUGUUUACUUUGAUCUCAGACCAGAACUUCACAACUGGAUUUUUUUUUAUGUGUUAUAAUGUUACUGGGUGUGGAACUUUUCUUUAAAUUUACUGUUAUGUAUGAUAAAAAUGAGCGCUGCAGAUGUUUUAACUGUUUAAUCAAUUAAAAUAUCAUGUCCAAGUUAAUUACCCAUACCAGUUUCUACAUCCCAUUGAAAGGGGGACCAUCCCCCCACCCUUCCAAACACAGUAACACAACAAGUAACAACAGAGCAAACAUUGUAGACAGUGCACACAUGAACACCCUCUCUGUGAGGAUUCUGAGUCACAGAUAGGAAUCAGUAGGAAAUCAGAACAUUCCAUCUUUAUACUUCACUGAUGAUUGAUACAAAACACUGAACACUACUCAGUUUUAAUUGGGACUUGUUGGCAAUAGUCGUUAUUGUAAAAUAGAAGUGCUGUUUCCUUUGUUACAGUAAGCUUCAAGUGUCUUUUGUACUGUACCCUCUCUGUUUCGCUCUAUUUGUCUCGAUUUCAGAGACUGUUACGUGAAACGACGGAAAACGAUUCCACCCAUAUGAUUUACCUUCUCCUCCUUCUUUUAGAAUAUGCCUAGUUUAUUACAUUGAAAUAACAAAUGUACAGUGUCAAGUAUGAUUUUCAUGUAUAAAGCAGGUUUGAGAAUCCUUAGGAAGUCUAUACACAGUCUGUGGUAAAGCCGCAUUUAAUGUGUGAUUUGUGGAAGAUUAAAUUGAUCUUGAAAAGGAA